AUGGGUAGUUUUUUGGUAAUUUACAAGGUGAAUGGCAGCCUCUUGCCUGCUUCUGUCAUCUCCGUGUAUUGCGUUUAUCUAUGCUACAGCGCUCUCUCAAGUGAGCCCCGAGACUACGAAUGCAACGGUCUCAACAACCACUCAGAAUCCGUUUCGACAGCUACCCUUGUUUUGGGAAUGCUAACAACCGUUCUCUCAGUUGUUUACUCUGUUGUCAGGGCCGGUUCCUCAACAACAUUUCUCUCCCCCCCAUCCUCCCCAAAAUCCGGUUCAUCCAAGCCGCUGUUGGAAGGAGAAAUCGAAUCAGGGAAGAAUGAGGCAAAGCCUGUUACCUACUCUUAUUUCUUCUUCCAUCUUAUAUUUGCGCUGGCCAGUAUGUAUUCUGCCAUGCUUCUUACUGGAUGGAGUGGCUCAAAAACUGGCAGCUCGGAGCAGAUGAACGUUGGAUGGACUUGUUGGAUCCGUAUCUGCACACAAUGGACAACAGCUGCUCUGUAUGUGUGGACUCUCUUGGCUCCUUUUAUCUUCCCUGGUCGUGAGUUUUAUUAAGAUCUUCCCUCUCUGCAUCGUUUGGUUUGAAUAAACAUUGCUAUUGUUCUCUUACUUUGUCUCAUUCUUAUUUUAGAAUUGCUUGUAAAGAUGGCGUGUAAAUAUGUGUUGAAUUUUAUGGUAUUUUGUUACAUCUGUAUAAAUAUG